CCGCAUUCCACGGCAUCCUUGCUUCCAUGAUGCUUUCUUCAUCAAUAUAUUAUAUUAUAUACUCUGGCAAUUAAAUUGACCGUAUUUGAAUCAACCUUCAAUCACAUAAUGUGAUAUAUUGCCUGAUCUAAAUUAUAUAUUUUUUCAAACUUCGUCAUGUAUUUUAUACCUUUUACAACUAGUCUCAAUUUCCUCUUUUUCUGGAUGACAUGGACGACUCUCGUUCUAUCCCACUCUCCCCUAAGGGUUGAGCUCUUCGGCACCUUGGCUAUUCGACUCGUUUUUUACCUUGUGCCAUCGCUGUUCUUUUUCCUCUUCGACGCUCUUCUCCCCGCGGCGUCGAUGAGCAUCAAAGCUCAAGGCAAUAUCGGACUACCUUCUGGACACAAACGCAAGAGACUCAGUCGUACAGAAGCUAAGAUCGUUGCGUGGUCUCUCUUCAAUAUCUUGCUCAGUAUCGCAGCACAAGGCGCCAUUGAAUUCACAUUGACAAAGACUCUCCGUUUCAGAAGCGCAAUCAGAGUCGCGGUGCGAUUGCCGUACCCAUGGGGGAUUACCAUUGAUAUUGUGAGAGGGUUCAUUGUAAGAGAAAUCUUGAAUUAUAGUCUCCACCGAUUCGUUCUGCACAACCGGAACCUACCUGUCGCGAGACUCCAUGACUCCUGGUACCAUGGUCUAAGAGCCCCAUGGCCAUUGACGGCACACUACGAUCACCCGAUCUGCUACCUGAUUUGGAAAUUCCUUCCUCUCUACAUACCUGCUGCGCUCUUCCGUUUUCACAUGACAACAUAUAUGAUCUUCCUUGCCCUCGUCUCGUUGGAGGAAACAUUUACUCACUCGGGCUACUCGGCUCUACCAAUGGGGAUUCUGUUAGGUGGUAUGGCACGUCGGACAGAAUUACAUGUGAUAAGCGGCGGAGAUGGGAACUACGGCGCAUGGGGAAUCCUCGACUGGGUGGGUGGCUCUACUGUCGGCGGUAGCGAUUCGAUCGAAGACGAUGUGCGAGAAGAGAUUGCGGCGCUGGAUAUUGAUGAGAAGAUUCGCAAGGCGGUCGAGGAUGCGAAAAGACAUAUUGGGGAUUCUGUCACUAAAGAGGCGAAUAAAGGAAAGACAAGGAGGAGGGUUAAUAAUAAUGCUUGAUAUGUAACGAAGUUGUUUUGUCGCUGUCGGAAAUGGUGUUCAUUAAAUUAGUUUGUACAAUAUUUGAAGAAUUA